UCCAUUUUUAAUAGAACCACUCGUUUCAACUCAUCUCUGUUUCUCACGAAUCGUUUGCGUUUUCACCACAAAAAAACCUUUUUUAAUUAUUCAGCGGUUAUUGUUCCAAGAGAAAAUCUGCUUUACAGUCGUGCGAUGGCAACUCAGUCGACGCCGCCUAAAUCUAUCCAUGAAUUCACUGUGAAGGAUGCCAAAGGGAAUGACGUGGAUUUGAGCAUUUACAAAGGGAAAGUCCUGCUAAUUGUCAAUGUUGCAUCACAGUGUGGCCUGACAAACUCAAAUUACACAGAGUUGACGAAGCUGUACGAGAAAUACAAGGAUCAAGGUUUGGAGAUAUUGGCAUUUCCUUGCAAUCAGUUUGGUUCCCAGGAGCCGGGAACCAAUGAACAGAUUCAGGAGUUUGCUUGCACUCGUUUUAAGGCUGAGUAUCCAAUAUUCGACAAGGUGGAGGUGAAUGGGGCGAAUGCUGCUCCGAUAUACAAGUACAUGAAGUCUGUGAAAGGAGGGCUUUUCGGAGAUAGCAUAAAGUGGAACUUCUCCAAAUUCUUGGUGGACAAAGAGGGUAAUGUUGUCGAUCGCUAUGCGCCCACCACAUCUCCUCUCAGCAUAGAGAAGGAUAUAAAGAAGCUCUUAGGUUUGUGA